UGAGAGUGGAUGAGAUAGAGACUGCACCUUCUUCUUCUAUUCUAUUGCUGUAGCGGAGAUGAGAAUGAUGACUCUUUUCUUCUUUCUUCUUCCUCCCCCUCCCUCUCCCUCUCCCUCUCCCUCUCCUACUUUACUAUUCCUCUUCUUAGGAUCCCCAAAACCCCACUCAUGAAACCUUUUCUCUUACCUCUGUAAAGACUGUAAAUACAACUUUGUUACUCUGUUUUUUUUUUUUUCUUUUUUUUUGGUUUGCCUGUUCAUGUGUGUGCUUGUUUGUUUACCUUUUCCCUACACUCUUCAAAUUAUUCUGCUGUGUUGUAGAGUUGAUUACACCCCCCACCCCCCCCUCCCACCCUCCCACUGCUACCCCACUCCCUCUUUUGACCUACUCCUUGCUUUUUCAGCCUCAAUUCUAGGGUUUCCUUUUUUCCUUGUGGUUUUCCUGUCCUGUUUUUCCCUUUUCUCCUUCUAUAUUUCUUGAUCCUCGUGCUUCUGUCUUUCCCUGUUCGAAUUCUUGAGGAAUUUUGAUGGCCUUUACCAUUCCGGAUCAUUUCUAGGGGGGGUUUUUGUUUUUUGUUUGUUUUUUGGUUUGGUGUUAAUAUGGGUUGGACUUUUCAUUGGAUCAAAAACUUUAGUAUCACUUCAAAUUAAUACCGCUUUCUUGUCUGAAUCUUCUCUUGCUUUCUCUCUCUCUGUGUAUAUAUAUUUAUAUCUUGUGGCUGUAGCUAAAAGGCGGCGGGCGGUGGUGAUGGCGUACCAGCAUCAGCAGCAGCAGCCAGCGGUUCCGGGUUCGGGUUCGGGUUCCGGCGGCGGGUUUCACCACUUAAAUUUCCCGUUUGGGGACACCACUUUCACUAAGGUGUUUGUUGGAGGGCUGGCCUGGGAAACUCAGAGCGAGACCAUGAGACGAUACUUUGAGCAGUUCGGUGAUAUCCUCGAAGCUGUUGUCAUCACUGAUAAGAAUACUGGCCGAUCCAAGGGCUACGGUUUUGUGACCUUCCGGGACCCCGAGUCAGCUAGGAAAGCAUGUGCUGAUCCAACUCCAAUUAUUGAUGGGAGGCGGGCAAAUUGUAAUUUGGCUUCACUAGGACGACCCCGCCCUCCUCUGCCUUUUGGACGUGUAAGGUUACCUGCUCCUUAUCCUGGAAGUCUUCCGGCAACACGGGGUGCAUAUGUUGGAAACUAUAGCCACCAGCAAGCUGUGCCUUAUGGCUACCAACAAGGCGUUAUAUAUUCUCCUUAUGGGUACACAACAUAUGGCGGAGAUUAUAUUUAUCCGCAGGGCGUUUACAAUGCGUAUGGAGGUCAGCAGUACGUUCCGAUAUAUGUACCUGGAGCUGUUAACACACCCGUGUUCCCUUACAACCAGCUCGGCCAGGCUGUUCCUGGAAGUCAAAGUUAUACACCGUUACAUGGUUAUGCAAUGCCUGGCCACCAGGUUGUGCAGUUUGGUGCACCCAAUGUCAGUCCAGUAACAAAUUCUUCCCUUCCUACUAUUCAAGCACAGUAUCCUACAGGUGUUGCGAUGCCUGUUGCACCUCAACCACAGUUUAUACUACCUACUCAUUCUCCUCAAUUCAUGCAAGGUAGCGGCUCUGACCAAAAUGCAGGGUGAGAGGGUUGAUCAAGGUACUCCUAGACUGCAGCAGGACUAAGAACAGCAGUACUGCUACUUGAGUGGCGGGCUUCAAAUCUAGCCUUGCAAGUUGUUCGCUUUGCAUUUUAGAGGUCAUACAUAGUCGCACACUCACCAAAGAGCUCAAUAUCUGAAUCGCUCCUGAUGGUUACCGAAGGUGCAGAUGGAACCUUUCUCGUUUAAGAUCAUUACAUCGUCAUCGUGUAUCUAGACCUUGGCAUUCUGGCCGUCUCGGGGAUAGACGGGCAGAAUCGUGCAUGCUGCUUUGCAUUGAGGGACGCUGGAAUCGGUUUCUGGCGCCCCCUCUUUAAUGUCACAUUGUAAAAAUGUGUAAUUAGAAUCAACAUAUGAUUCUUAUAAUGUGGGCAAACCUCCCUCCCAGAUUCAGGUUGCUGGGUGGGUGUCUGUAUUAGUGCAUCCAUCCUGCAUUGUAUUUCAGAAUUCACAUUUUGGAUUCUUGGGCAUAACAAUAAUCUCAGACUUCUUUUCUUAUUCAACAUUCAUUUCUUGUACUUUGAACCAUUUUACAGAGCUCAUCUUCACAGUAUGAAAAGAAGCUCAUCAUUUUGAUUUUA